AUGGAGGGACGUCUGACUCUCUUUGCGCUUCUUAUCGUCUUUGCAGGAAGCACUACCAACCUGGCCCUGAACCGCCCGGCGACCCAGUCUAGUACUGACUUUAGAGGAGCUCCCGGACGGGCUGUAGACGGGAACCGUAACGCCAUCUAUGCCAAAAAGUCUUGUUCUCACACGGCAAUGGAGCGGGAUCCAUGGUGGCGAGUCGACCUGGGCAGCAGCCAGUGUGUGGAUCGGGUGGUCGUCGUUAAGCGACAGCGCAUCGGCGGUCAUUGGCUGGAAGGCUUCCAGGUUUACGUUGGCGACAACCCGAACGUGGUGGAAAACCCUACCUGUGGCGGAAAGCAGUCUGUUGCUGGGAAAGAUGUCAUCACGGUUGACUGUGGCGGACUGACGGGCCGAUAUGUGGGGAUAGCUCUGCCCGACAAGAAACAGUACCUCAUCCUGUGUGAGGUGGAAGUUUAUGGAGGUACGGUUGGCUGA